AGUAGCCCCACUGAAGAAAAUUUGUAUACCGCGAUUGGAACUGUGCGGAGCGGUUUUGUUAGCCAAGUUGAUAACAUUUGUACUUAAGCUUUUGUCUGAUAAAUUCACCUUUUCGAAUGUUUAUGCCUGGAGUGAUUCGAAUGUAGUUUUAGCAUGGCUUCGUUCACCUUCUUAUCGAUGGAAGAAUUUUGUGGCCAAUAGGGUCGCCUAUAUACAAGACAAAAUUCCAUAUGUGCAUUGGAGUUAUGUUAAUUCCGAUCAAAACCCCGCCGAUCUCGGUAGCCGCGGUCUUUUUCCCUCAGAAAUCGUGAACAAUGAAUUUUGGUUGAAGGGUCCGAAAUUUUUGUGGAACUCGACCAGCCAGGAUUCUUUAUCUAAAGAACCUUCGGAAGUUUUCCUUUCAGAGGAUGUUACUCGCGAAGAAAGAAACCUUUCUUUGUUUACUACACAGCAAGUUGACAAUGUUUGUGAACACCUUUUGAAAGCAUAUUCUAAUUUUUCGAAUGUAUUGCGAAUUUGUGCGUAUGUUUUGCGGUUCGUUCAUAAUGUCUGUCAUCCACUAGAGAAACGCUCUGGGUCUUUGACUGUGCAAGAGCUUCACUCUUCAUUGAUAAUUCUAGCUAAAUAUACGCAACAGAUAGCCUUUGACGCUGAGAUUUCGGGGAAGAAGUUUUCAAAACCCCUGAGAAAACCGAAUGUCUUCAAGGAUUUCGAUGACCUUCUACGGGUAGGUGGUCGUUUGAAACAUGCGGAUAUAAAUUAUCAUGCUAAACACCCGAUACUUUUACCAAGAAGUAGUUUAUUGACCAGCCAUCUUAUUAAACAUUAUCAUGAAAAGUACUUUCAUGUUGGUCCGCGUCAGCUCCAUUUCUUACUACUUCAACAAUUUUGGAUAUUAUCCCCCGACGUGCAAUAAAUUCGGUUUUGUCGAAGUGUGUUAGGUGUUUUAGAGUGAAGCCAGUCGCUUAUCAACCCCCUAUGGGAAAUCUACCUAAAUCAAGGUUUUCCACUAUAAAAGCGUUUCUACAUUGUGGAUGUGAUUACGCUGGUCCAUUUACAAUUGCGCCAAUGAGAAAAUAUCGAGGACAAAAAACUUCAAAAGCUUAUAUUUGUCUUUUUGUCUGUCACUCAACGAAGGCCGUUCAUUUGGAACUGGCUAAUGAUCUCUCCUAUGAGUCUUUUUUAGCUGCUCUUCAGAGAUUUAUCGCACGAAGAGGUCGUUGCACAGAUCUUUAUUGUGACAAUGGCACUAAUUUCGUUGGAACCAAUCGCGAAUUGAUAAAGUUGAUGAAAAUCGCUGCUGAAAGGGAGGUUAUCAGAUUUCAUUUCAACCCACCGUCAGGAAGUCAUUUCGGAGGUCUAUUUGAGGCUGCGGUAAAAUCGGUAAAAUCCCAUUUCUAUAGGGUAAUUGGAUCGCAAAUACUGACGUUUGAGGAAUUCUAUACGCUACUCACCCUAAUCGAAUCUGUUUUAAAUUCAAGGCCCUUAUGCGCCACAAGUUCUGAUCCUGACGAUUUAAACUGUCUUACUCCAGGUCAUUUCCUAACCCUGGAACCACUUACUGCUAUACCUAUACCAGAUCUCACUGAUCAACCUCUAAAUCGGUUAUCUCGUUGGCAACUUUUGCAAAGCCUUCAUCAACAUUUUUGGGCUAGAUGGCGGAACGAGUAUCUUCACUCAUUGCAACAAAGGGUUAAAUGGUGCGAUAUUUCUACGCCUGCUCUCAUUGGUCAACUGGUUGUAAUUAAGACGGAUAAGGUGCCCCCUAAUCAAUGGCGUCUUGGUCGUAUAACUACACUCUUCCCGGGUAGUGACGGUGUUGCGCGGGUUGCUCGAGUUAAAACACAAGACGGGACCUUUACGCGUCCAUUGGUAAAACUUUGCCCCUUGCCGGUGUGCGAUGGGUCCUAGCUCUCUAAUAAAUAUGUAUUAGAUCCAAUUUUUGUUUUUCUUUUUUGUCAUAUUGCUUCUUUAAAAUAAGUUUACGUAUCAGAUGAUAUUAUGUAUAUUCUUCUCCCGAUAAUUCAGCACAAGAGUUUGCACAAUUUCUCAAUUGAUUAAAUUAUUUUUUUUUAUUAUGAAAAAAUGCUAUGGCAUUUUUUGGGGGGCAGGAAAUGUUGCCGUAAUAUUUAGCUUUUACUUUUGAUUUAGAUUAUUAUAAACUUGUGUACACUAGAUUGACCAGAAGAUCGCCAGUUGAACGGCAUCUAAAAGACUUCAUCUGGACACAUUGUGUGUGAUCGAGUUCAGUUCGAAAUAUAUCUCUAGAUUCGAAAAAUGCUAAACUUUAUUUUCGCUAAUAAUCGCCUUCUUUCUAAAAUAUUUUACGCUGUGGAACGCUUAUUCACUUUUCAUCAUCUUCGCCUUGUUUUGGUCGAAGAAGUGUUGUGAAGGAAGACCACAAGAGGAUUCAGUCUGCUGGAGAAAACCCACCAAAGAGAGCUCUCAGGUGUGUGAGGAGGAUCCUGUGGUGAGUCUGAGUCUUCUAGUGUACCUUGAUUUCAGUUUUUUCCAUAAUUUAAUUUUCUUUUGAUAUACAGUCCAUUGUUCUUAACAUUUAA